CCAUCGCACUUGGUACAUUUCUCGUCCACAUCUCAAAAAAAAAGUCUAUAUAAACAAAACCAUUUUACCCAAAUGUUUUGCAUCUCAGGAUCAUCUAGAGUUUGCAAAACAUACGGACUUGCUUCAAUGGCUUCAACUUCAUCAUUCUAUGAGCUACUUGGGAUCCCGACGAGCGCGAGCUGCGGCGAAAUCAAGGCUGCGUAUCGGAGACUAGCUAGAGUUUGCCAUCCAGAUGUUGUGUCCAUAAACCAGAAAGAGAUGUCUGCAAAUGAGUUCAAGAAAAUUCAUGUGGCAUAUUCAACCUUAUCGGACCCCAACAAGCGUGCAACUUAUGAUAGAAAUCUUUAUGCCUCUCCGAGGCGUAAAGGGUUAUCAGCAGCAGCAGCUUCAGCGAUUAAAUUUUCUGGGUAUGCUAGUAGGAAUUGGGAGACUGACCAGUGCUGGUAGUUGUACAUAUUUUGUUCAUCUUAGGUUUUGAUUGAAAACAGAGGAGUAAGAACAGAGUAUGAUAUCUUGUAAAUUACCAUCAAACAUUAUGAUGUUUCAUAUAUUUAUUCCCUUUUCAUUCAAUUUUAAAAA